CAGUUUCUCAUUGGCUUUUGGUAACGAUAGUUCCCUGCCAUCAUUUGCCCGUGCACUUUUCAAUGAAUAUUGUAUGUGGUCUGUGGCUUUAGUGCUGAUCAUUUGAAUCAGCGCGUCGCGAGGAGGAAGGUAUCCUGGAUGAGCACACUAGAUGAUGGAAUUUCUCCCAGAGACCGCAGCUGCGCGACCAGGACGGUCUCCCUCCGAAAUUAGAUAAAAGAGAGAAGAGCUGGGAAAUUACAGCGGGUGGAAAGAUGUUCUGCGCGAAGCUGAAAGAGCUGAAGAUAUCAGGAGAGUGUCCAUUCUCCAGCAGCGCGAAAAAUAAUGAGCUCGGAGACUUUGAGGAGCGCUCAACUGACGCCGCGGAUUUAUUGCCUAUUUCUAAGGACGUGCAUGGAAAAACAGGUGAGGAUCCACCUCUACAGAAGACAAGCAGAGCCAAAGUUAACCUUCAUACACUUGGGGAGAGCAUCCGAAAAUUGGCAUGUCCCGAGUUUCAGAGGCUGCAUACUGCUUUCCAACGAAUGAUAAGACUAUCAGAUCACACCAGGGACUCUGAAAGUCCAAUAAUUUGCUGUACAGACUGUCAGAGUUGCAGUGAUGAACCAGAGCAUUUAGUGGAAAUGAUGAACAUUUACUCAACCAAAACAGCAAUCCAGAUGGAAGCUUUGAGAGUUGCUCUUGGUGAGGAGCUCUUCAACAUGUGUUAUGAGGAGGACGGACACAUUUUGAGGGUGGUGGGGGGAGCUCUUCACGACUUCCUCAACAGCUUCAAUGUCUUGUUGAAACAGAGCAGCUCACUGCCCAACCCUGACAGAGGGGAUUGUGUAAACGAACCUUCGGUGCUGUGCUUAGACAAGGAUCUGGGUCUGCUUACUGUCUAUUUCUUCAACCCCCGCCCAACCACUGAGCUCUUCUUCCCUGGAGUCAUCAAAGCUGCUGCCCGCCUGCUGUAUCACACCACAGUGGAUGUGCUGAUGGACCCCCCCAGUGCUAAAGACAGCAUCUUGCAGUCCAGCCCGCAGCCCAGUCUUCUGUACACAGUUGUAGUUAAGGAUGCUAAAAAUCUGAGCCCCAGUCCGCUGCGGGCUACCUCAGCUGGGACUCUUCCUACCUCUCUGUUCUCCACUAUCUUCCCUUUCCAUCUGAUCCUGGACCAGGACUUGGUUCUGGUACAAAUAGGACAUGGACUCCGCAAGAGACUGACCAGGAAGGAUGGACUGAGGCGGUCUUCAACCUUCCAAGAACACUUCUCUAUUGUCUCUCCCCAGAUCAAAUGUACCUUCCAAGGUAUUCUGACCAUGCUAAACACACAGUUUAUCAUUCGGAUCAAGCAUGGAGUCUCCACUGCAGAUAACACAGGGAAGCUCAUGGACCUUAAAGGUCAGAUGAUCUACGUUGCAGAGUCCAAUGCCAUCUUGUUCUUGGGCUCACCAUGUGUGGACAAGCUGGAGGAGCUAACAGGCCGCGGGCUCUACCUGUCAGACAUCCCUAUUCAUAAUGCGUUGCGUGACGUGGUGCUGGUUGGUGAACAGGCCAAAGCCCAGGACGGUUUGAAGAAGCGGCUGGGGAAGGCCAAGGCAGCCUUGGAGCACGCUCACCAAGCACUGGAGGAGGAGAAGAAGAAGACGGUGGACCUCCUCUUCUCCAUCUUCCCUGGCACUGUGGCACAGCAGCUGUGGCAGGGCCAAACGGUCCAGGCCAAGAAGUUUGAACGAGUUACAAUGCUGUUCUCUGACAUUGUGGGCUUCACGGCUGUUUGCUCACGCUGUACCCCGAUGCAAGUUAUCACCAUGCUCAAUGAGUUGUACACCAGGUUUGACCACCACUGUGGAGAGCUUGAUGUUUACAAGGUGGAGACCAUUGGUGAUGCGUAUUGUGUAGCUGGUGGCUUACACAGGGAGAGCAAGACUCAUGCUGUCCGAAUUGCACUCAUGGCCUUAAAGAUGAUGGAGCUUUCAGAUGAUGUUAUGACGCCAACUGGAGAACCAAUACAGAUGCGUAUAGGCCUCCACACUGGUUCAGUACUGGCUGGUGUAGUUGGGGUGAGGAUGCCACGCUACUGCCUUUUUGGGAACAAUGUCACAUUGGCCAACAAGUUUGAAUCCUGCAGCCAACCAAGAAAAAUCAACAUCAGCCCUACGACCCACAGAUUGCUGAAGGAUCGGCCAGAGUUUAUCUUCAUUCCCAGGAGCAGACAGGAGCUUCCGGCCAACUUCCCAGAGGACAUCCCUGGUGUUUGUUACUUUUUGGAGGCGUCCUUCAAAACUUCAAAACUGACUCUGAAAUGAAGUCAACCUGCUACAGAGCUCAAGCUCAAGAAACAUUAGAUAUGAUGAAACAUAAACGUAUCCAGUGAACACCCUGUAUAUUUUGGUUUGGGUUGUUUAGAUAUUGAUGAUAUUGUCUAUCAGUCAGACUCAUGCAGCUGCUUAAUUACAGAGAUGUCAGUUUGCUGUCAAACAUGAGUCUUGUCUCUGUACAAUUAUCCAUUUGUACAGUUGUAGCAGAGAGAAACUCUCACUUCCUUCAUUUUUUUCUUCCAGAAUGAGUCAUCUCUGCAAAUUGAUAUGAUAAUAUAUAUGCGUCUGGUUUGUUGUAAAGAAAUUUAAAUAUACCAUCUUGCAUAAAUGUAGAUAUGACAUAAAAAAUACAUUUUGGAUGUUGCUCCUCAGUGUGAUGUUGAGUGGUUCCUUUUAUCACGAUUGUUUUCUGGUCUGUUCACAUCUGUCCAGACUAGGCACCUGCUGAAGCACCUUGGCUUCUUGGUAUGGCAGAAGAGAUCAAGAUUAAAACUGAAUUGGCUUUGUGUGUUUCAGUGUUGAAUUUCAUAACAAAUAAUUUGGAAAAGCUGAAGCAAAUGAUAAAAGUUAAUCAAAGAUUUAGAAGACAUCCCACUGUCUUAAGCUGAGAUUCACUCCUCUAAUUGAAUGGAGUACUGCAGAGCAGAUUCAGGUGCCUUAUGGGAACUAUACAGGCAGGAUCACAGAUGUUAGAGUUUCAAACAAAUUAUUUGUAGUUAUUUUUACCUGCUUUCUUUUUUCUUUAGCUUUGUCUCAAUAUGAAUUUACAUCAAUCGUCAAUAAUUUCUUCCAGAGGUUUGUGGUUCCAACUCAGUAUAUAUUUGUAAUAACAUGUAACUUAGACUUCCAUUUAUUAGAUAUUAAGCAUUCCAAGAUUGCAUUUUCCUAAUAUAAGUAAUGUACAUGUAUUUUUUAUGUUUUUUCCCCACUGUACACAUGUUUAUACUAUAUUUAUUACAUUGGUUUCAUUGCACUCCUUCCCUAUACAGCAGGAAUAUGACACAAUAAGAAUACAAUGAAUGUUCUACUAUCACUCUUAAUGAUGUGCUUUAAUCAUUAUUGUAAUGUAAUUGAAGCGCAAUAAAUAUUGACAUUAACUGA